ACGGUAACCUCUCACAUCAAAUUUGCACACUUCCUCUCGGUGUUUAAAAUCCUUCUGAAUUUAUUAAAGUUUUCAGUUCAAUCUUCUCUCUCACGAAUCACACUAUGGAGAACCUACCAGAAGUGCCUCCUAUGAGCCCAACUCAGCCAGAGAAGACAUUUUCCGAGUGCAUAACGCCACCGCCUCCGCUUCAACACAAGGAUGAAAAUUCUCAAAACUCCGGCAACGAUUUACGCAAAACCACCAUGCCGGAUCGCCUUAAGGUCCCCAAGGCAUUUAAGUUCCCAGAAAGGUAUACUAGCCCAACCGAUAUGAUAAUGUCCCCUGUAACACAAGGCCUUCUUGCCAGAAACAGAAGGGGUGGUGCCCUCUUGCCCCCUAGCAUAAAUCUACUCAAACCUCCUCAAGCAGAUUCAGGAAUUGAAGGUGUGGGAUGUGGUCCAACUUCUGAAUUAAAGUUUGGGUGCGAUAAUUGAAGGCUAUAAGGAAAAGCACUUUUGGGACUUUUUCCAACAGCUUUUUUUCUCUGUUUGUUUCAACUUCCACUGUUUCAGGCUCGGUGGAAGUUGAUGGUUGUAUGUGAUUUUAUCAGCGUGCAUUUUGGAAACAGUAGUGUUUCUGGUGAAUGAAUGAUAAGAUUUUUCAACAUAUCCUCCUCAUGCUCAUUCACACUCACUCGUGUUCGAUUGUACCAAAAAACUUGUGUCAAUGAUUUUGUACUUGCCCUUGUUCUAGUUGAAACCAUGCCUUAUUUCUGUUAGAAUUUGAGCUUCCGACACAAAACCAAUUGACACUGUGUAUUUAGACACAAGAUCGUUUAUGCACUUUAAGUAAGACUUUUAUCUCCAAUGUGGGAUACUCUCAACAUGUCUCUUUA